ACUCAUAAAAACUCUGAGAUUUCUGAUUUUGUUUUUCAAGAACAUGGCGAUGAUUCCAAGUGGCUUUUUUGGUGAAAUCAGCUUCAGUGCAAACGAUAUUUCAUCAAGCAAUUUCAGAAAUCAGUUUAACACUACUGAUCCUUUCUCUUUCACAAUGUACUGGCAAGAAACAGUCUUUGUGAUAACUGCAAACGUCCAAGGGUUCAGGUCUGAAGAUGUGAAGGUGGAGAUCAAUGGCAGAAAUUUGGUGCUGAAAUUAGGUGGAUCCGAUCAAAACUGUGGCUGCAUCAAAAGCUGCAAAUUGCCAAACAAUGUGAAUAUGAGAAUGACCACUACUUCAAUCAACAAUGGAGUUCUCCUUGUCAAGGUUCCGACAUUAAUGCAACAUGAAGAACCAAAGAAACAGAUCAAUAAUCCUCCAGUUGUUGUUUCUCAGGUCUACCGCCGCCGUCGCCGGAGUUUCUUCUGUUAGGAGGCUAUUUGCUUUGAUGAUCAAAGUGAUUUUACCUAUAUAUAGCUAUUUAGGGUUUGUGCUUCUUAAUUGUUAUGAUACUUAAUUUUAUGGUUUGUGCUACUUAA